CGCACACUUGACACCGCACCGCUCGCAAUGCCCAUAUCGAUUGGCCUCGAAGGCUCCGCAAAUAAACUAGGUGUCGGCGUAAUCUCCCAUCCAGCUCCAGGGAAAACGCCCAUCAUCCUCGCCAACCUCCGCCACACCUAUGUCUCUCCACCUGGCGAGGGCUUCUUACCCAAAGACACGGCGAAGCACCACCGCUCAUGGGUUGUGCGGCUCGUCAAACAAUCCAUGAAGCAGGCCAAGGUGAAGGUGUCGGAUAUUGACUGCAUCUGCUACACGAAAGGCCCAGGCAUGGGCGCGCCACUUCAAAGUGUUGCUGUCGCAGCGCGCACGCUGAGCAUCCUAUGGGACAAGCCCAUCGUAGGCGUGAACCACUGCGUAGGCCACAUCGAAAUGGGCCGCGCCAUCACCGGCGCCUCCAACCCGGUCGUCCUCUACGUCUCCGGCGGCAACACCCAAGUCAUUGCCUAUUCCUCGCGACGCUACCGCAUCUUCGGCGAGGCCCUCGACAUCGCCGUCGGCAACUGUCUCGACCGCUUCGCGCGCACGCUGAACAUUCCAAACGAUCCGGCGCCAGGGUAUAAUAUCGAGCAGCUGGCGAAGAAAGGCCGGGUGCUCGUCGACUUGCCGUAUGCCGUCAAAGGCAUGGACGCGAGCUUCUCGGGGAUACUAGCCAGUGCGGACGUCUUGGCGGGGCAGAUCGGGGAUGACGUGCCGGAAGGCAAGCGAUUGAGAGACGAGGAGACGGGGAAGUGGGUGACGAAGGAGGACUUGUGUUUCUCGUUGCAGGAGACGGUGUUUGCGAUGCUGGUGGAGAUUACGGAGCGGGCGAUGGCGCAUGUGGGCAGUGCGCAGGUGCUUGUGGUGGGUGGGGUGGGAUGCAAUGAGCGUUUGCAGGAGAUGAUGGGCGUCAUGGCACGGGACCGCGGUGGUGGUGUGUUUGCAACGGAUGAGCGGUUUUGCAUUGAUAAUGGAAUUAUGAUUGCGCAUGCUGGACUGCUGGCUUGGGAGACGGGUGUGAGGACGGAGUGGGAAGACACGACGUGCACGCAGAGAUAUAGGACUGAUGAGGUCUAUGUUGGGUGGAGGGAUUGAAAGGGCUGUUCCUCGUCUUAACACUUUGCCGAGAGGAUGGUUCGGAAGGAAGAGGACAGGACGAAGACGGAGAUGAUAGCCCUCUAGCGACCACAGCAGCAGAUCUCGAGGGGCAGGAAUACAUUCCCACCCUCAGGCAGGAACUGUGGUUCUGCUUCGAUGAGCAUAAAGUCCCAACAGCCUGGAAGCGCGGGCAUAUCACUUCUGACGUCAACCUGUCGAUGAGCAUCCCACAGCAUGCCUCCAGGGACUACCAAAGAAGAGACCCUCUACCACGGUAGGGACAAGUACAGGUCGGAUGCUAUAGAUGCCUGAAUUUUGGCACUCACAUCAUAGCAGACCCGCGACUACGACAGAUCAUGACUCACACAAAUCAAAGACCAACGAAGCCGGAAGUGUGGUCAAACCAUCCUGCGCAGAGUUCGCAAGCCUAGCUAUAGUAAUAAC